UGGGCUUCAAGGGACCCUGUAAUCCCAACUACUUGGCACGCUGAAGCAGGAGAAUCACUUGAAUCCGGGAGGUGGAGGUUUCAGUGAGCCGAGAUAGUGCCACUUCACUGCAGCCUGGGCGACAAGAGUGAAACUCCGUCUCAAAGAAAACUAAAAUAGGCUGGGUGCAGUGACUCACGCCUGUAAUCCCAGCACUUUGGGAGGCCGAGAUGGGUGGAUCACCUGAGGCUGGGAGUUCAAGACCAGCCUGACCAACAUGGAGAAACCCCAUCUCUAUAAAAAUACAAAAUUAGCUGGGCAUGGUGGCUCAUGCCUCUAAUCCCAGCUACUCAGGAGGCUGAGGCAGGAGAAUUGCUUGAACCUGAGAGGCGGAGGUUGUAGUGAGCUGGGAUUGCUCCAUUGCACUCCAGCCUGGGCAACAAGAGCGAACCUCUGUCUCAAAAAAUAAAUAAAUAAAUAAAAUAAAUACAUAAAAUAAAUAAAUACAUAAAUAAAAUAGAUACGUAUUUAUGCAAACCAUAGAAAAAUGUUUGGCAACCAUCAGAAGAUACCUGACAAUGUGAAAUAGUUUUAUUACAACUGGCCUGACCUUCAAAGGCCUUCACAGCUCCUGCCUUCAUGCUACCGUCUACUAUGUUCCUCGUGCACCUUCCAGUCAGCACAAACAGGCUGCACUGCCUCCGAAACACAUCACUUGAAUCCUACCUCUGCUCCUUUGUCCAUCUGAAUCACCCUCUCCACAUUUCUGACCCUGUAAUCCUCAUCUCACUUCAUGAGGCAGUUCGCUUCUCUUUUGCAUUUAGCUUUCCCCGGGGUACACUGUCAAUAGCCUACUGUCUGAUGUCAUCAGACAGUACUUCAUCAGAGGCAAUUAUGUCCACAGAGCUUUUGGCUAAUUACUGUGACUCCUCUUUACAUGUGUGCAUAUGCAUAUCAUCUUUCCCUAAUGAGACUGGAAAUCAUGAUUCAUUCCCUGGAGCAGUGGUUUCCAUAAAUGACCAACCCACAGACCAGUGCAAACUGGCUGCAAAAGAGCUUCCUCUGAGGAACUUAUUAGAAUGGAGAUUCUUUGACUGCAUGGGAUAGGAGGAUCUCAUAAAUCUGGGUGUAAUAGGCACAGAACGUUAGGUGUAAUAUGGGCGGGACUCUGGACUCAGCAUAUCCAACAAGCUGCUGGCUGAUUCCGAUGAUGCCGAUGAAUUGCCAGGUUGGGAACUGCUGCCCCCAGAGAACCUAGCAGAGAGCUCUGUACGUGGUAGGUGCUCACUCCCCUAUUGUUUGGGUGUAUGCCUCCUGAUAAUGAACUUGAUCGUAACAUUAUUGUUGUAUUAUGCCUGUAUUGUUUCCUUAAGUGAAGGAAGAAUGCUUUUGAGUACCUAAUAGGUGGCAAGCUCUGUGCCUACUUACAUACAUGAACUAUUCCUUUUAAUAACCUUUGGAGAUAAAGUGGCAUUUCCAUUGGGCAUUAGAAAUCUGAAGACUUUCGUUUACAGCUGUUGCAACAGCAGAACUAGAAUUCGACCUCCGACAUUUCUGCUCACCAGAGGGCAUGAACUGCUGGUUUGUACCUGGCUUGCAGAUACCUUCUUUGGGCAGCACAAUGUUCAAAAUUAAAAAAACUACCAACACUUCUAAACUGGAUACUUUGUAUCAAUAUCUGGGUUUCUGGCUUCUCUUCAUGGGAAAAAAACAAACAAACAAAAAGGUUUGGUGAACACUGGGGCCCACAUUCCUGCCGGGCAACAGUCACAUGGAGACUUUAGAUGGGCACGUGCCCAGAACACACUAGAGUCCCCAUCGCUCCCCAUUCUCUUACAUUCUAUUCCCAACUAGGUUCUUAUAGGCCUGGGUUUGUGCCUGUUGCACACUUAUCUACUCUCUUGCUUCCCACUGGUCAGGAAGUCUGGCAAACUUAAAAGGCCUCUUUUUGUUGCUCUCUCCUGUAUGGAUCUCUCAUCAUAGAGGUGUGUGCAUUUCUGACUUUGUGAUUUCAAUACUAAGGAAGCUGUCGGCACAUUAUCAAGGAAAACGGGCAUCGCUGCUCCCCAACGUACACAUUCUGGUGUGCCCCAGUAAAAUUCUAUAUUCAGCCUCCAAACUAGCUGGGAAAAAUGUGGCAAAUCAUCUACUUGCUCCAAUUCAAUGGUGUUUAGAAGUAAGAAGUCACUGUGAGCAGUGCCACCAAGUGGUGGAGAGACUCCAUGCAGAAUCGCCACCUUCAGCCAGAGAGGCUGGGAGGCCGAAGACCUCUCUCAAUGCACAGGGCCAUUCAGAAACUACAAACAAAAUGCUUGCUCAUCUCCCUAGGCCACUCCUUCCGAGGCUUUUUGAGACAAGGUCUCACUGUCAUCCAGGCCGGAGUGCAGUGGCACAAUCAAGGCUCACUGCAACCUCAACCUUCUGGGUUCAAGCGAUCCUCCCACUUCAGCCUUUCGAGUAGCUGGGGUGACUACAGGCAUGGGCCACCACACCCAGCUGAUUUUUUUUUUCUUUUUAGUAGAGAUGAGGUCUCGCCAUAUUGCUCAGACUGGUCUUGAACCAACACAUUUUUAGCUUUUUAAAAGACAGCCUUGGCCAGCCAUGGCAGCUCACGCUUGUAAUCACUGCACUUGCGGAAGCUGAGGUGGGCAGAUAGCUUGAGCCGAGGAGUUCAAGACCAGCCUGGGCAACAUGGUGAAACCCCAUCUCUACAAAAAAUACAAAAAUUAGCUGGGUGUGAUGGUGCACAUCUGUGGUCCCAGCUACUGGGGAGGCUGAGGUGGGAGGAUUGCUUGAGCCUGGGAGGUCGAGGCUGCAGUGAGCUGUGAUUACCUCACUGCAUUCCGGCCUGGGGAACAGAGAACCCUGUCUCUAUUUAAAAAAAAAAAAGAAAGAAAGAAACCUAAAAGCAGACUGGCACUUAAAAGAGUUGUGCUUCAUUUUUUGACUUUCUGUAUUAAUUUUGUUUGUUCCUUUCCUUAAACAAGCUGCCACUGCUGCUGAUUCAACAUGUUUCAUUUUAUACUUCUUUUUUUUUUUUUUUGAGAGACAGAGUUUCGCUCUUGUUGCCCAGGCUGCAGUGCAAUGGCGUCAUCUCGGCUCACUGCAACCUCUGCCUCCCGGGUUCAAGCAAUUCUUCUGCCUCAGCCUCCCAAGUAGCUGGGUUUACAGGCAUGCACCACCACACCCGGCUAUUUUGUAUUUUUAGUAGAGACGGGGUUUCUCCAUGUUGGUCAGGCUGGUCUGGAACUCUCAACCUUAGGUGAUCUGCCUGCCUUAGCCUUCCAAAGUGCUGGGAUUACAGGUGUAAGCCACUGAGCCUGGCCCAUUUUAUACAUUUUUAAUGUGUAUUCUUGUUUUUGGAAAAUGUGACCAGAGGACUAUUAAACUCUUUUAGCAUCAGUAUAGCAAGGAGGUAAAAAAACAAACAACAAAACAAACAAAAAAAAACCCUUUUUGUAAAAUAGGAUUGAGUAUCGUUGGAUUGAGCACUUACCAAGCAACUGUGCCAGGCAUUGGUGUCCUUCAUUUAAUUCUUACAAGCCUGAGUGUUCGGUAUUUUAAUUUUAUAGGUGAACAAAUAGAAGCUGAGGGUGAAGGACCUACAGCUGUCACCUUCAUCUCUUCUCAACACUGCCAACUGUCCCCUUGGAUCUCCCAGACAGACAACAAGGGACAUCUCUGGUUUCUCGGUGCCUCCUAGAAACCUCGGGUCAUUUCAAGGCAUUAUGCAAAUGAGAAGCUUUCCUUCUCUUCACCUCAUCUCCUGAUCUGCACAAAAGUGACUGUAGGACCCAGUGUUGGUACCGAUGUAGGCACCAAUCCUCAGUUUACCACCUGCUCUCUACUUGCUUCCCUGCCAUAACUUUCUAAAAGGGAUGUGAGCCAUGUUUAAAGUCACCUGGUCACUGGAGGGAUCUUGUUCUACCCCCUGUAGUAGUACCUCUGUAGGGUAGUACCCACUGUAGGGAUCUUGUUCUACAUCAGUGGUUGCCAACUUUUUGGCACCAGGGACUGGUGUUGUGGAAGACAAUUUUCCACGGACUGGGGGGCUGGGGAGAAUGGUUUCAGGAUCAAACUGUUCCACCUCAAAUCAUCAGGCAUUAGAUUCUCAUAAGGAGGGCACAACCUAGAUUGCUAGCAUGCCCAGUUCGCAAUAGGGUUCGUUCUCCUGCGAGAAUGGCAUGCCGCUGCUGAUCUAACAGGAGGCAGAGCUCAGGUGGUAAUGGGAGCAAGGGGGAGUGGCUAUAAAUACAGCUCACCGCUCACCUGCUGCUGUGCAGCCCGGUUCCUAACAGGCCAUGGACGGUACUGGUCUGUAGCCCAGGAGUUGGGGAAUCCUGCUCUACAGAGUUUCCAACCUCAGAGAUGAAGCAUCCCCUCUGUAAGUCAGAAAGAAAUUAUUCAAGUAGGAGAAUUAAAACAGGAUCACAGAGAGGGAGGCUGAAGAAUUUGACAUUCUGUGUUGUUUACUUGUAUGAGGAAAAACAGCACAUAGAGGCAUCCACAGUAUUUAAUUUGUUUGGAUAACAGUUACGGAUAAACAGGUACACCCCAUAUACAAUUACCAAUACUUUUUAUACCGUUCAUAUUUCAGUACAUCAACACUAUUUUAUUUACACUCUAUUUAUAUACAUUAACAUCUUUCUAAAGUCAGUGCAUUGUCAACAUGUUUUAUACAGUAAUUUACAAGGUGAAUGUAGUUAAUAGUUAAUUUAAUAAAUUUUCUGCUAGUUCAUGAAUUAAAAAAAUUAAUUACAACCAGUAUAACAAACAGAUCAAACAACAUUAGUAGAUUGUGCUACCUGCUUAAAUAAAACAUCUGUAAAGAAAUUAUUUAAAGUCUUCCACUUUUUAACGGGACAUGUACACGUAGGAAUGGACCGAUUUUAUAUACUGAAAAUCUUGAAACUAUAAAGUAUGCAUUUUUUCUGAGUUUAUUACAUUAGAUAAUUUAGGCCACUCCUACCUAUUUGCAAUUAUAUUUUUUCUGAAAAGGAUUUCAAUUUAGGUAGCCAUUUAAGAUAACCUUUCCAAAUGCUCUGAGAACUAGAUAUUAAUGGUUACUGGCCUCAGAUAUCAGAACACAAAUGCUUAGUUACACUGGUAAUUACUACCUAUGAGGAAGAAAGUGUAGUGGAAUCUGACAAUUAAUGAGAAUCAACUUGCAGGGUCUAAAUGAAUAAACAAAGACCAAAAAUAAGGUGAAACAUUUCCUUCAAGUAUAUAUUAAAAAACUACACCAAAAAAAUUCUACCUGAACUAAAUAAUAUUUAUACUUUUGUUCCAGUCUUGAAUAAUUAGAGGAAAAAAUGAAGUAAACAAAGAAACAUAACUUUCAAUGACUACUGUAAAAUUUUAAAAAAAGACAAAUAUCAAAAUAAAAAUUAGUGGACGUGCAAACAAAGCAAAACUAAAGUUGACUUCCUAAAACCACCAAUUUCAUUAAAUAUACUUAUGAACUCCUAAUGUCUGGGAUGUGUUUUGUUUGUAAUUUAUAGCCCUUGGAGCCAUCAAAUACACACAAGCAAGUUCAUUUGCAUGUGUUCUCUCUUUUUUAAAGUGCAAAAUAAACACGGAAAAGAACAACCACUAAUUGUGAAACGUGAUCUAGCUCCGAUGCCGCUUACCUUCCCAGAAGCUCUUGUUGCAACAUGUGCAUGUGAAGAUGGUGCAAAUAUUGGCAACUGCUCCCCUUCCCUCAGCAUGGGCGGGGCCGGGGGUGCAGAAUACAUUUCUGAGGAUACUUGAAGUAUCCUAAAUGUAAGAUGCCUCCACUGGGAGGGCCAUGGUAGCUGGAUUUCCCAGGAUGUUUUUCUUUCUACUGGGUCUCCCUCUGGGUGGAAGGCACAUAGCUCUUAAGAGAGCCUCCCUUUCAGACUGACCACUCUAUGCCCCUGCCACCAAUGACUGGUUGUAUCUCAAACAUAAACACAACGGCAAAAACAAAAAGCAAGAAAGACAAAGAAAGGGUAUGGAAACUUUAAAAAAUAAAUGGAAAAAUCCUCGCCCAUGCCGUAAGAAUCAUUUGCACACCUUCAUGAUCUUGCUUUCUCCAUCUUGUCAACAGAAUGGAAUAAAACUUAAGGAAAAAGGAGGUAGCAUAUCAUGUCAUCCCUAGACAACAUUAUAAUUUUUUGUUUUUUACUUUGACUCCAAGGAAAUCUUUAAUAUUUGUUAUGAUUAUUGAUAAACUCUAUACUGACUACAUAUUUGUUCAUAUCUGGACAAGCACAAUUGAGUUCUUAUUUGGUCCCAGGUGGCUGGUGCCAAACUUUUUGUUUACAGGCUAAUGGUGGGAUCUGCCUGAAAGUUCUCUAUCAGACAACUUGCAUGAGACUUCAAAAUAAAACUACUACUACUCUUAAAGUUAACUAUUUUAAUUAGAAUUUGUAUUCUAACAGGAUAAAAUAACUACAUUUAGCUUGCCUCUCAGUGACACUUUUGCCAAGUAUCAGCUACAAGGAGUCAUCUCCCUCCCCACCAAGCUGUCUAGCAGCCAGAAUGGUAGCUUUGCUGUAACACACAGUACUUUUUGUAAUCAGACUCAAAGUCUUCAUCCAUACUGCUUGUGUCUGCCAUCUUUUUGCCAUCAAUCUUUGGCAGAAAUUGUGCAUAGUCUAUCCUCUGCUGCUCAUAGAAAAGAAUGUAGGCAGAGUCGGUGUCAAUUUCAUCAGGGUGACAUUCCUGAAAGGGCAAGAAAAACUUUUAACAAAAACCGUCACUAUUAUGGCUCUAAAUCCUUGCCAGGAAAGGGAAGACCAACCCUCUGUAAUUACUAAACCUGAUUGCUUCCAAUAAGCUCACUAGUUUGGCUGUCUCACACCUGCCCCUUUAAAAUGAGCCCCAUUAUUUCCAAUGUUUGCUUUGGAGAAAAUAUUUUGACCAUAGACAAGUCAAAACAGAAUGACCUAAAACCCCAUCAAAUUCUAUGUAUUUAUUUUUAUUUAUUUACUUUUUUGAGAUGGAGUCUCUGUCUGUCACCAGGCUGGUGUGCACUGGUGUGAUCUCAGCUCACUGCAACCUCUGCCUCCUGGGUUCAAGCGAUUCUCCUGCCUCAGCCUCCCGAGUAGCUGGGACUACAGGCAUGUGCCACCACGCCUGGCUAAUGUUUUGUAUUUUUAGUAGAGACAGGGUUUCACCAUAUUAGGCAGGAUGAUCUCAAUCUCCUGACCUCAUGAUCCACCCUCCUUGGCCUCCCAAAGUGCUGGGAUUACAGUCGUGAGCCACCGCGCUUGGCCCAACCCCAUCAAAUUCUAACAGUCUAGAAGAUAGGAGCUUUUUGCAUUAACUCCUUUUUUUUUUUUUUUUUUUUUUUUUGAGACAGAGUCUUGCUCUGUUGCCCAGGCUGGAGUGCAGUGGUGCAGUCUUGGCUCACUGCAACCUCCACCUCCCAGGUUCAAGCUGUUCUCCUGCCUCAGCCUCCCGAGUAGCUGGGAUUACAGGCAUGUGCCAACAUGCCCAACUAAUUUCUGUAUUUUUAGCAGAGAUGGGGUUUCACCAUGUUGGCCAGUCUGGUCUCGAACUCCUGACAUCAAGUGAUCCACCUCCUAAGCCUGCCUCAGCCUCCCAAAGUGCUGGGAUUACAGGCAUGAGCCACUGCGCCCGGUCAACUAACUCUUUAUUUUUCCUCACUACUCAUGUUUUCAUUCCCUACUCUGCAUAUCACUUUUGUUCCUUUAAUACUGACAGCAUCUAUGUAUUGAUUCUAACAGGAAUAUCUAUUUCCUAUUCAAGAGAUAGUCCAUUAUUUCAACAAAUGUUCCCCAGUUCUGUCGAUAUUCUGUUUCUAACUUUCAUUCAAAGAUUGAGAAUGCUUACCUCACAAAUGCUGUCAUUGUAACAGUACCACUUGCAGUUUGGGUUUUUAGCAUAAGCGACGUAAUGGCCCCCACUCAGAAUUCCUGAAUGGCACUGUAAGAGAUAAGAGAGUGGAGGUAUGUUCGUAGUUAACUGUACUAUGGCCAGGGUAUAGCACUAGGAUCUGAGCAGGAGAACAGUGAUCAUGUAAAUGGUCAGUAGGUGAGAAAAUAUUUUAGAACCCUCUAACUUUCUCUAAAACCAAAAUAAGCAAAAAGCAAAAUACAAAAGUCAUAAGCUCCAAGUCUUGCGUGGAUAAACAAUCAUUUUAUAAUGUAAUUACUAUUACUAUUAUUAUUUUGAGACAGGGGCUUGCUCUAUCACCCAGGCUGGGGUGCAGUCGAGUGAUCACAACUCUCUAAAGACUUGGCCCCCUGGGCUCAGGUGAUCCUUCUGCCUCAGCCUUCCAAGUAGCUGGGACCACAGGCAAUGCCACCAUACCUCACUCCAUUUUAAAAUUAUUUGUAGAGAUGGGGCCCAGGCUGGUCUCAAACUCCUGGGCUCAAGCGAUCCUCCUGCCUCAGCCUUCUAAAGUGCUGGGAUUACAGGUGUGAGCCACCACACCUGGGCAGGCCCAGAUUUCUAUGUUAACUUUGUCUAUCACUAAGCUCAAUGCUAGGAAAUAAGCAGGACCUGAAAAAUACUUGCUGAUGAAUACAUGAAGACAAGUGAACAAAACACAGACCACUCUCUGAAAACUGUACAAUAAACCACUUAUUGAAAUUGCAUAUAGAUUAUAAAUAGGCUUAAUAUGAGUGUCUUCUCUUUGGUCAUCAGUGCUGUCUUCUUCACUGUGGUUUCCAAGCUGACCAUUGCUGUAGCCAUUGCCAUAUGCUUCAUGCUCAUAAAGGAAUCCAUUGGCCAAAGCUACCUCGUGGUCCUGAGGAGUGACCAGCUCUGGUUUGCUGCCCCCCCACAUAUGCCCUCAGCUCAAGGCGUCAGCCAGCUCACAGAUCUGCCCAGCCCCAUUCUCUUUGCUGGCAUCCAAGUUCUUCUUACUACUUGACAGCUUAUUUUUGCUGCCAAUAUGGGGCAGCCGGAGCCUCUCUUUGCUCCUCCCCAAAGUCCGUGGGCUGCUAUUAGGGCUGCUGUUUUUGCUGGAGGGACAGCUGGUUCCACUUUUUCUUGAUGAAGAAGGAGAACCUGUGAACAGGACAGAAGAAAAGAUUCACAAAUCCAAAUGCCACAAAGUAAGCCAGCCCCAAAUGCUAACUCUGGGGUUAGCUUCACAACUGUACACACAAAGGUAAAGACAGGGGAGUCGUGACUGGCUACCCUUUAGUUCCUAUUAUGUGGCCAGUAAAUUACAUUUUUGUCUUCUUCAAUGCCAAGUCCCUAUAAGCAACAAUGUCCUGAAAAUGUAAAGUACAUUAUAGAGACUCAGAAAAUAGCAGAAAGAUGAUUUAUGUCAGAUUCAGUUGAAAAAAAUCUAACUAUUAGUGUAAGGAGUUUUCCAAAUACAUAUUCCUCUCCUUUGUAAAAUUAGACCAAAAAUGUGACCACCAUUUACUGAGUACUUCCUAUUUUUAGGCAUGGUACUGGGAAUUUCUUGCUGUCCAUUGUUACCUCUAUGUCUCACAAAAAUCCUGUAAGGCUUUAAACUUUUUGGUUAUAGCCUCUUACCCCUACCCCCUUUUAUACCUUUAAAAAUUAUUGAGAACCUUUAGAACUUUUAUGUGAAUUUUAUCUAUCAAUAUUUCCUGUAUUAGAAACUAAAACUGAGGCAUGAAAAAGUACAACACAUUAGCACAGAUCUUCACUGUCAAAGUGACGAUAUUAUUCCACGUCAUGUUGUCUCUUACACCAUUGUACAUCUGUGAGAGAAUAAAAGUGAAAAGGCACAUAUUGUCUUAGUAUUUUUAUGAAAAUAGUUUUGGGCCAGGCACAGUGGCUCACACCUGUAAUCCCAGCACUUUAGGAGGCCGAAGCAGGAGGUUCACUUGGGUGCAGGAGUUCGAGCCCAGCCUGGGAAACAUGGCGAAGCACCAUCUCUACAAAAAAUACAAAAAUUAGCCAGGUGCAGUGGUGCGUGCCUGUAGUCCCAGCUACUCAGGAGGCUGAGGUGGGAGGAUUGAUUGACUCCAGGAGGUCGAGGCUGCAGUGAGCUGUGAUCUGUGUUGCACCACUGCACUCCAGCCUGGGUGACAGAGUGAGACCCUGUCUCAAAAAAAUAAAAAAUAAAAUAAAUAAAUAAAUAAAGAUUUUUGAUCCUCUAGACCCCCUGAAAGAUGGGGAACCUCACAACUUUCACUAUAAGGGGACAAGACAGCAGCUACCAUUCCUGUUUACCAUACAUCAGGCACUGUGUGAAGUGCUUUACUCUCCAUGUGUCAAACUCUCAACUCUGUAAACCUGGCAUUAUCUCCAUUUUACAGAUGAGAAAAUAGAUUCAGGGAGGCUGAAUCUCUUGAUAAAACUUACAUAGCUCAAAUACAGAUAGGUCUGAUUCCAGAUAGGUUCCUUCCACCCAACCAACCUGAUGUUCCAGAUCAGAAGACAGAGAAACAUAUGUAGCCUAGAGGAGUCCCAAGAAAGCAACUGCAUAAGGCCCCCAGGCCUCACCUUUUGGGCUGCUGCUGAUGUUAGCGCUGAGUGAGGAUGGGCUUUUGCUCAGGAGCAUGUCCUCUUCCCCAGCCAAACUCUGCACAUCCGCUUUCUUCACCUCUCUUGCCAGAAUCCUGGGCUUGGAGAGCUCAUCCCCCUGGGGUGUGAGUGGUUGAUGCUGGCAGAGAGCCGGGUCUCGUGGUACCAAAAAAGCACUCGGAUCAAAACUUUCCCAAGGAAAUUUGACAAUUUUCUGUGAUUUUAUCCACUGAUCAUUUACAAAUUGAAAUCGCUUAAGGUGAAUAAUCUGGAGAAGAAAAGGUAGAAAACAUCGCAUUAAAGCGUUCUGAAGAUACAAAAUUUACAUGGAAAAAACAAGUCAAAUACAUGUGAAUGUUUGGGAAUAUAUAACAGAACAUUUGCUCUUCAUUAUUUUUUAAAUACUUCAAAAAUGUGGUUUCCUAAAGGCCUCUACACAGGCCCCAGUGCACUGGUGUGCUUGUGCAGACACUCAACUCAGCAGUGUGGCACAGCCACGUGACUGCGCAGUGGGUACUGCCUCCAGGCUCAGUUGCUCUUCUAGAGUCCACAAAGGGCUAGCCUGAGCUUCCACUCUCCACAGAGCCAGAAGUUCACCCUCUCCUGAAGUUCAAAUUCACCACGUUGUACCCCUUGUGGCAGUUCUCACAUCACACUGAAUUGCAGUUACUGGGCUACAUGACCGCUCUGCUUGUUUUAUUUGAUGAUUAUAUGAAAAUAUAUACUUGUUAAAAUUCAUCAAACUGGAUAUUAAAAAUAUAUGCUUUUAAUUGUAUGUUAAUUAUACCUCAAUUUUUUUAAAAAGGUCUCCCCCUUGGCCAGGCAUGGUGGCUCACACCUGUAAUCCCCACACUUUGGGAGGCCGAGGUGGGUGGAUCACGAGGUCAGGAGAUCGAGACCAUCCUGGCUAACACAGUGAAUCCUCAUCUCUACUAAAAAAAUAAAUAAAAAACACACAAAAAAUUAGUCAGGCGUGGUGGUAGGCGCCUGUAGUCCCAGCUACUUGGGAGGCUAAGGCAGGAGAAUGGUGUGAACCUGGGAGGUGGGGCUUGCAGUGAACUGAGAUCUUGCCACUGCACUCCAGCCUGGGCGACAGAGCGAGAUUCCAUCUCAAAAAAAAAAAAAAAGGUCUCCCCCUCCUCCCCAGCCACCUUGUCCCCAAGCCUGCCCCUUCCCUCUAGUUCCUAUCUGUGGAGUUAGCUGACAACCAGUGUUAUUAAUUUCUUGUGCAUCAUUCCCUGGGAAGCUGUUCUGGUCUAAGAAAAACCUACAUUCAGCUUCACAGAGUAGUGUGACAGAGACAUGAUUAGAAUAAGAAAAUACGGCUGGGUAUGGUGGCUCAUGCCUGUAAUUCCAGCACUUUGGGAGGCCAAGGUGGGCGGAUCACCUGAGGUCAGGAAUUCGAGACCAGCCUGGCCAACAUGGUGAAACCCCAUCUCUACUAAAAGUACAAAAAUUAGCCAGGUGGUAGUGGUGCAUGCCUGUAAUCUCAGCUACUCAGGAGACUGAGGCAAGAGAAUCACUUGAGCCCAAGAGGUGGAUGUUGCGGUGAGCUGAGAUUACAACACUGCACUACAGCCUGGGUGACACAGUGAGACCCUGUCUCCAAAAAAAAAAAAAGAAAAAAGAAAGAAAAUACAUAUAAAUAUCUGAUUAAAAUAGGCCAGUACCUUACAGUUACACUGACCUUAAUGAAUAGGAAGAUUUGUCACUUCAAACUCUCCUGACAAACAAAAGGACAGUCUCCUAAUCCAUGAAGGGAGAAGGCAGAAGUAAAUUAAAUCUAAAAGAACACACAGGCCCUAGUGCACUGGUGUGCUUGUGCACACACUCAACUCAGCAGCGUGCCACAGCCACAUGACUAUGUGCAGUGGGUGUUGGGGGCUCCGGGCUCAGUUGCUCUUCUAGAGUCCACAAAGGGCUAGCCUGAGCUUCCUCUCUCCACAGAGCCAGAAGUUCACCCUCUCCUGAAGUUCAAAUUCACCACGUUGUACCCCUUGUGGCAGUUCUCACAUCACACUGAAUUGCAGUUACUGGUCUACAUGAUUGAUCUCUUCUUCUAGGUUGUAAGCUCUUUAGGAAAAGGAACUACCAAAUAUUUGUAGAAAGAUUCAUCUCUGUAUUCAACAUAAAAACCUUGUACAGAAAGUGUUUUAAACACUGCUGCAGGAAAAGUCUUAUUCUCAAAAAUAACAAAACCUCCUGUUUGUUCAUGUCUUCUUUCUUUUAUGCUAGAUUCCUGCUCUCUCAGAGGCAGGACUGUAACAUACCAGGAAGGGUGGAAGCCUCCAGAGAUCCAGCUUCUUUGUUGCUAAGCAGUGGGUCUUACACUUGGAACAGUAGUACAUCUCAUCUUCCCCUAGCUCUUCCUCACUGGGGAAAGCACGGAGACGGCUGUCCAGGAUGAUGGGCUCGACUUGCGCUCGCCGACUCUGCUCCACACUCUGAUGCUCAUCUACAACCUGUAGGUAGAGGGAACAGGAGGAAAGGGGUGUGUGGGAAGGCAUUUAAACUGGUGAUCUAGCUAUGCAUCAACCUCUCGGUCACUCACCCUUAUUUUACUCUAUAUAAGGAAAAAGAAAAUAUAACUGGCUGGGUAUGGUGGCUCAGGCCUGUAAUCCCAGCACUUUAGGAGGCUGAGGUGGGGGGAAUUGCUUGAGUCCAGGAGUUCAAAACCAGCCUGGCCAACAGAGUGAGACCCUGUCUAUGUAAAAGAAAAACCUAAAAAUUAGCUGGGCGUUGUGGCGCAUGUCUCUAGUCCCAGCUACUCAGGAGGAUUGCUUGAGCCUGGGAGUAGAGGUUGCAGUGAGCUGUGAUUACGCCACUGCACUGCAGCCCAGAUGACAGAGAGAGACCCUGUCUCAAAAAAAAAAAAAAGGGAAAAGAAAACACAACCCAAACUAGAGUCUGAGCAAAUACAGCACCUACACAUUUAUUCACAAAUGUUACACUGUAACAUUCUGGAUAAAAUUUCUAUUUAUAUGAUCAUAGCUUUUCUUGAAAAAUUUUUGAAUGCUUCAAAAUGACAAAAAGAACUGCAUUUAUUUAACAACUUUGGAAUCCUAUAAGGGAUUACAUGUGAGCUGGCCCUCAAGCCAGGGGUGGUGAUAGUAAGCCAUUUAUCUUUAAUCAGAAAGCCAGAGCAUUAUCAGUAUGCUGCAGAGUUUACAGAGGCUAGGAGAAAUAACAUGAAACAGAAACCAGAGCUGGAUGAAAUAAGGGCACAGAAAAGCUCACCAUGAGAAGACAACACAGCAGAGCACGAAACACCACAGGGUACAACUCAUUUACAUCUGAUCCCAUGUAACACAGAGUUAUCAGAAUACCAAGUCUAUACUUAUCUGUCUCCUCCCUCAUGGGGCCUUUUUAUCUGAGAUGGCAACAAAAGGAAGAACAAGCUCAAGAGUGUGCUGCUUUUGUUGAGAAGGCCCCUAAUACCCACCCAAACCUUUGGGGUCCUGUUAAUCAGCAUGUUAGGCUGUGGAGCAAGAAGGAGUUAAGUGUAAGAAAGGAGAGAGAGCAAAGAAUGGGUGGGGUGCAGGGAUAUGUGUUGGGAGUGGUGUAGAAUGAAGAAGGAGGAGAGAAGGAAGGAUCUAGAGUGCAGCAGAAAAGAAAGAAUUUUUCCCUCUCCAUGCCUGGCUGCUACCUGACAAACAAUCAAGAACCAUAGAGCUGGGAUCCUUCUGUUUGUCCCUCUAAUGUAUGGGAAGGUGGGUGAAGCAUCAGGGUUAUGAAUGCUACCAUAAGACUUCACACAGUUUAUAUUUGUGUCCCAAAGCAGAGCCCGGACCACAAGGCCCAUACUGACUGCCUCUCUGUGGCAAACGUCACAUAUGUCCAUCACCCACCCUAUUUAUUGCUCCUCACCCUUCCAGAGGUGAACUUCCUCCAUGAAUUUCCCUUCCUGAAACUCACGAUGGGAACCUUAGGCUGCCUGGAAUACAAAUUGGCACAGCUCAAGACAUGCAGCUUAGCAUGGGUUUUCAGGCGAGACUUUUUCCCUAUGUGAGAGUCACGAGGCUGUCAAAUGCUGUUAUAAACAAGCAAGGUUGGGUUUGAUCAUGCAGUUAAGGUUCUAGCACUGAAUAAUUAUCCAGGCUAAAGAGCUCAUUUAAAAAGGGGAACUUAGAGGAAAAUUCUUUUUUUAGAAAAGGAAAUCUGGCUUGGACUUGGGUUAUAGACUUCUUUUUUGAGUACAAAUUCUGUAGUAACAAGAUAUUAACUGUCAUCAUCUUUUGAAAUGGUCACUCAAGGAAAAAACUGAUGUGCUUCAAAAGGAAACAUGCUGUAUCAUAGUUGUUGGAAUGAGUAGAAAAAGGGGUGUAUCAUAUACGGUAGUGUUUCCUUUCUCAUAGCCAGUUAAAUAUUAUCUCUAUUAUCUCUACCAGGAAUACUUUAUGGCCAACCACAAAUUAGAGUAAGCUAGUAAAGAAUGUUGAAUUUUAUUGACUAUAUUUUCUGAGGAACACAGGCUACAGUGCUAGAUGAAGACAGGGAGGAAAGAAGGCUGAUAAAAAACAUAUUUGUGGACUGUACUGACAAUAAUUUCUAUUUAUCAGUAAAAUUUCCCAAAGUGAUAAAGAUUCCCUUUAUCUCUUGGGAUCUAUGCUUAGAUCCUCUACUAUUGUUUAAACAGUCUAUGAAUUACUUAUAGGCACCCUCUUCUUUUUCAGAGUUGCUUUAAAGCUCAUCUUAACACAAAACACAGGAAAUGAAGUAAUAGUCUUCAUAUAAGACUAUUAAAAAAAAAAGAGAGAGGCCUAAGAAUUUGUCUAGUUUAAUUUUCUUUUUUUCUUUUCUUUUUCUUUUUCUUUUUUUUUUUUUUUUUUGAGACAGGGUCUUGCUUUGUUACCCAGGCUAGAGUGCAGUGGCGAGAUCACAGCUCACUGCAGCCUUGAUCUCUUGGGCUCAAGCAAUCCUCCAACCUCAGCCUCCCAAGCAGCUGGGACUAUAGGUGCACAACACCACACCUGGCUAAUUUGUGCAUUUUUUGUAAAGACAGGGUGACAUCAUAUUGCCCAGGCUGGCAUCUAGUUUAAUUUUCUACUGAGGAAUCUGAGGUCCAAACAGGAGAGAAAUGUAAAGGAUAAGAGUGCGUGUCCCUGUAUUUUUUUCUGAUUACUAGGUAUAAUAUUCAUGUGGAAAUUUUGGAAAGCAGAGAAAAAUGUAAAAAGGCAGGGAAUCCUUUUAUAUUCUUAAUACAAAGGCAACCACUGUCAAAAUUUUGGCAGAUUUUCUUCUGUCCUUUUUCCUAAAUAGUAUUUUUUUCAAUAUUGAAGGUAUUAUUUCCAGUAUAUGCAACUUUAUGUCUUGUUUUUAAAAAAAUGUUCACAUAUCAUAAGCAUGUUCCCAUAAAUGUUAGCAAAAACUCCUGGUAAUCAUUUUCAACAACUGCAUUAUAGUUUAUCCAAUGAAUACCCCAUGCUUUAUUUAACCAUUCCUCUAAUGUGAGACAAAUAUAAGUUGUUAAUAACUUUUUACUCUCCUAAAAAAUGCUAUGAUGAUAUUUGCCUGCAAAUUAUGGAGUAAUUACAGAGUAUUCUCCCCUCAGAUAAAUUCCUAAAAGGGAAAUCACUGGAAUAAAAAAUAUAAAGCAUAUGGACAAUAAUCCCAAUUUAAAAAGAUGUUAAUGUAUAUAAAUAGAGUGUAAAUAAAAUAGUGUUGAUGUACUGAAAUAUGAACUGUAUAAAAAGUAUUGGUAAUUGUAUAUGGGGUGUACCUGUUUAUCUGUAACUGUUAUCCAAACAAAUUAAAUACUGUGGAUGCCUCUA